AUGACGAAGCACUUGGAGAUCAUCAAUUUAUCCUUUUUGCUGGAACAUGAACGGGAAACAAUAUUGGGAGUAUUGAAGAGAGAUGAGUAUCUGAAAAAAGUUGAAGAUAAAAGGAUAAGGAAAUUGAAAAAUGAGCUUCUGGAAGUGCGAAGGAAAGGUGGAAACCGUCAUUGUCAGCAGGACAACAGCAGGGUCUGUGUUCGCUGUCAGAAAAGCCUGGGCUUAAUCUUUGACAGAGGAGACCCGUGCCAAACCUGCCAACUUCGAGUCUGUAAUAAAUGCCGUGUCGUGGGAACUGACGGACAGUGGAAGUGCUCGGUGUGUGCCAAAAUUGCACAGCUACGGAUAGUGACAGGAGAAUGGUUUUUUGAAGAGAGAGCAAAGCGCUUCAAACAAUCAAAUCUUCUUGGAACCGAUGUUGUCAGACAAUCUAUCCUGCACAAAUUCCCAGACACGGUUUCCAGUAAGGAUGAAGGAAGAUCAUACAAAGAUCAGCCACAAGAGAACGAAGAAAAAAAGCCAGAUGUGUCAGUCUCCUCCACAAAUGGGCAUAAAUCAGUCUUCAGUGGGCCUAGAAAGAUAGGGAAGGUAAUUAGGGCGAUUACGAAAGGCGAAAGUACAUAUGCCGAAGAUGAAGGUGAAAGGAACGUGGGCUCAGAAGCUGAAACUCAAAGUCUGUGCAGUGGUAAAUCAACGCCGUACUCUGAGAGAGGGAGCACUCUCUCACUGAACAGCAGUGAUGCAGAGGCCGCUGCGGUCCAUCUGAAAGGGGCCGUGGCUCCUGUGAACAGAGGCGAUGUCUCUUCCCUCCCAAGAUCUCCGGCGCUCAGCACACGUAGCAUGACUGAGGAUUAUAGCAGGGACACUGGCUUAGGAAAUGGCAUAAUUAUUCCGGCAAGUGAAAGUGUACCUGAAGAUUUAGUAAAGAAGCACUGUAGGAAAGCAUCUGGAACACCUUCCAUUGCAGUUUCUAGGGUAUCUUUGUCAUCAGAUCGUAGCCGAUCUGAGAUAGAUUUGAGUGAAUCUUUCUCUGAAGGAAAUGAGGAUACUCUGAGCAUAAGAAGCAGAUCUGUACCUAGUGCCUUAGAUCAGGAACUGGAUUAUCUGGAUGAAACUGAUGAAGAUAUUGGCGACAUAGUGGCCUCUCGUUAUUCAAAGAAACAUGGACAAAUGAUAAGUGUAUUAUUAACA